UGCUUCAAUCACCAGUAGCAUUCGUGUUCGUCGGAUCCAACAACGAUGAAGUCAGCUCUAGUUUUCGUGGGCCUCGUCGCCCUUUGUCAGGGCAGCCCACUGUUGAGAGGCCUCGGCGGGAGGAUUGUUAACGGCGAGAAUGCUAUGGAAGGAGAAAUUCCUUAUCAAGUAUCGUUGCAAACCAUGGGCGGUUUCCACUUCUGCGGUGGUUCGGUUCUCAACAAGAACUACGUUGUAACUGCAGCCCAUUGUGUCAAAGGCUCGUCACCGAGCAGUAUCAAGGUCAUCGCUGGUACCACCGACCUGGAGGACCCUCAAGCGACGCACUACGCUGUUAAAAUAAUCGUUCACGAUGGAUACAAUCCAUACGAUUCGUGGGUGAAUGACAUCGCACUCAUCAAAGUCGACACGGAUUUCCACUACUCGAAAACCGUUUCAAACGUAGUUUUACCUCCACACGGAUUCGUAGUACCCGAUAGUUCGGUCGCGACUGUUUCUGGCUGGGGUCGCCUCUGGCAAGGUGGAAGCACCCCGACGGUCCUCCAACGCACGGACAUUAUGAUCACGUCUCAACAAUACUGCACUCAAAUUUACGGCUACACCGGAAUGGCCGUUUAUCCAACUCACAUUUGCGCCCACGAUCGCGAUGUUGAGAGUGGAUCCUGCCACGGUGACUCCGGUGGUCCAUUGACCGUCGAUGGACAACUCGCGGGUAUCGUUUCGUGGGCGCAAGGCUGCGCCUCAACAAAAUACCCGACGGUCUACACGAGAGUUGCCGAAUAUGUGGACUGGCUGAACGCUAACGCAGUUUAAACGAACGACAAAAUUGCUGCAGCGUUUUUGGUCUGACCGUCGAUUUCAAUGCGACGGAACUACACAUCGGUUACCUCCACUCUGCACGGCCUGUUUCAGCAAUGAAAAAGAACUUCGUUGGCUUCAUUUUAUUUUUGCACAAAUAAAUUUAAUGAAAAAGAAAAAA